ACAAGGCUGGCGAGCUUGAACGAUGAAGGGGCUAAAGGCCGCCACUCGCCGACUCUACGUUUUCUUGCCUUGCGAGCGUGGAACCUUGAGACAACUGGGGCCAGGACGGAGCAGCAAGUCGCAGGACCCGUCGUUGGAGAUCUGGGUCGAAGACGUAUUAAACUGGACGAAUUCUCGAAUUGCUUGUCAUUUUGCGGUCUUCUCUGGUUUGAUGGACUUGGGAGUAGAACGAAUCAAUCCGAAGCCUCUUUUUGAUCCAUAUCGCCCUCAGACGAAGUCAGUUUCACAGGAGAGGUCGCUUGGUACCAAGAGAAUUACGAACACCUUGGGAAUGACCCCGGGCUUCUUCCCGUCCGCAAGGAAAUGGCGACGACCUCUCAACCUCUCUUUGGCUUUCGUGAUGCUCACCGCAGUCACGGUCAGUGCGGCGCCUUUCAGCUCUUGGGCGGGAAAGAGGUCAACAUCGCCACAAUUUCCAUUUCCAUCAGCUCGAAGACCGGAUUUGGCUCAAAUGAUGCAUGAGUUGCAAGAACUUUACACCUCAGAAUAUGGAGAUGAUUCCUCAUUACAUCAAGAAGAGGAGUAUUUACCCAUGUCGAAACGAGCACCCUUCAGCUCUUGGGCCGGGAAACGAGCUCCCUUCAGCUCUUGGGCGGGGAAACGGGCCGCUUUCAGCUCUUGGGCAGGGAAGCGAGCUCCCUUCAGCUCUUGGGCGGGCAAAAGGUCGGGGGGCACAGGAUUAGGAGAUCGAGUUAUAGAGGACGAUGAUUCGGAAGAGGUCUCAAACAACAGGCGCUUCAAACGUAGCUCCGAAGAGGAACUGUCCUUAGGGUCAGCGGGUGAGCCGCAAGUGAGGUCACGCCGGGGUGCCAAUUCAUUCAGCGCAUGGGGAGGAAAGCGGGCCCAAUUGCAACGAUUCACCCGUGAUGUUCACAAUGAUGCCAUGGUACCCGUUAGGGUGAUGAGACCGCAUCGGGCGGCCUUUUCCGCAUGGGGUGGCUAAGGCAUUAUCAAGAAUGGAGCACCGACCGGCAUUGCCAAUUGAUGGUCGCUGUUUCAUAUGUCGUCCUUGUAUUGUAGCAAUAUGAGUAUUUCUUUCUAAAUAUUUCUGUGGUGGCCAUGAUUAGUGAUUUCAUGUGUACUCUCCUUUGCUAUCAACCUAAUGAUUUGUUUAAUUUUUUGUAACCAAGUGAGAAUAUUUUCUAGUUUGUGUCAGCUCGAGUUUUGGAGGAGGACUUCGAGCUUCGUUUAUUUUACCCAUACGUCUGUUAUAAAAAAACAGAUACAUUCGUCUACCCUUAAAAAGUGCUUGUUUCAUCAACCAAACUAAUACACAACAUUAUGUUCCGUAAA